AUGUUAAUUCGGGUGCGACAUAUCGGUGAUACCAAGGUGCCCCGACGACGACCCCUUCACGCCUCUGAUGACACUGCUCGCCCUGUCACCACUGCAGUGGUGGUGGAGGCGGUGACGGCGAAUCACCAGUCAAUUCAGCAUGCUAAUGCGCAACGGUGCCUGAGGAUACCCCUGUCAUCUGUCCAUGUGCUGAGUCUUGCUCCUUUACCGCGCGCCAUUGGCUGGCCACUAGGACGAACAUCCAGCGUAAUCAUACCAAUCAAACUUCCAAGAGGGGGAGGCAGGGGCGAGCGAGACAAAGGUCUGCGCAGCAAUCGUCACCACGGUCCUCUCCUCACCUGGCUGACACCUCACCGUCACUCGUGCCGAAGCGCAGCUGCCAUCACCUCUCAGAGCCAUACCUCCCUACGCAUCCCCUUUCCUCUGUGCUCAGGUAUGCCUCAGUGGGAUUUCCUAGCAGAAGAUCUAUUUGACCGUCUAGAGCCGCAUCCACCAACACAGACCACCCGUCAGCCAGCUAACGUUACAUUGGUGGCAAGCAGCGAAAAUUUCAAAAAGGCGAUUUGUGUUGACCUCGCUAGCCAAUACGAGGCCGCCAGCUGGACCGAUCGAUAUUUGCGCCCCGAAUCAGCGUUAACUCAGCCUGACGCGGCCGCGUUCAAUUGUGCCCCAACCAGGCCGCCUGAAGGCAAGUCGACUUACGCUCUCUUUCCCUUUCACCCACCUAACCAGGCAUAA